UAGGGGAGGACUAAGAGUACACCAAACUCAGAACCAGGACUGAAUCCAGGACCACGGACCAGGAGCGGCCCAAUUCACCAUGUCAGAGUCCAUCAGAAGAAGAAGCUCCAGCAGGCAGCUUCUGCAGAACCUCAUCAGGGUAACAGCGCAGCGGAGCCAGGAGGAUGCUGAAGAGAUUGAGCGGGAGAGAAGGAGGAGAGCCAGGGAAAAGCAGAGAGGAGAGGGGAGCCCCUCCUGGCUCGAGCCCACCCAACAGAACCACCACACACAAAACACAGAGUCAGAUGAGGAGCUAAAGCCCAGUUGCUCUUUGGGCCUGGAUGAAGAUGAAGGUUUCAGUGACUGGAGCCACAGGCUAGAAACCCGUAAUGAGCAAGAGAUGCAGAAUGGCUGCAGGGCAAAGGAGCAGAGACCUUCAGCAUCACCACCAAAGCCUCAGAGUGACCAACAUCAGGUGGAUGAAGAGGGACAGGAGGAGGCAGGAGGACUAGAACCAAGGAGUAGGACCCAGGACACUUCAACAGAAGCUCCAGUGAAGACCUCGAGUGACAAAAAGGAAGUCAGGACAUCUUACAGCUCAUCUGUCUUCUUGGCACACGACACAAGGUUGCAGCACACCACCUGCCGGCCAGCAGACAUGACAUCGUAUUUGGCAGCAGGGACAAUGAAGCCACGAUAUGCUCCCUACUCACUUGGAGAAGCCUGCAGGGUGAAAGGGGAGGUGGGGGUGCAGAAGGAACAGGAGGAGAAGGAUGAGAAUAACAAGCAUGAGCAGGAGAGAGAAGAAGAAGAGGUGCAGCCAACUCUGCAGAAAGAGUGGAGGUCGACAGAAACCAGACAGACUGCAAGAGAUGACGAACAGGAGGAAGAGGAGCUAAACUUCACACAUGAAGUGAAGGAAGACCUCCACCACACAAGGGAGUGGAGACACAAAAAUGAAAAGAAUGAGGCGAAGGAGGACAAUGAAGAAGAAGAAAGAACACUGCAAAACAAGCGACUGACAGACAGCAGAGACCAGUGGAGCGAGGAGGAAAACAGAAGCUCUGCCAUUUCUCUCUGCAGCAGCAGUGACGGCGAAGAGUCACUAAACUGCUACGGUCCCAUGAGCCCAACAUUCAAGAAACUCCUCAUACAGUUUUACCCAGAUGAAGUCAGCAGCCGCAUCUCAGCAGAUGGUAAAUGCAAGAUCACAGAGCGAACAGAGUCUCUGAGGAGAAGCACCAGCAACAUAAAGAAGACACUGCCACCUCUUCCUGUUUCCAAGAUCGACAAGAGACUGGAACAAUAUACACAUGCCCUGGAGCUCUCCUCAAAGGAAGGCAGAUCAGGCUGCCAGACAGUGACUGAUCUCACUGCUCCUGCUGAACCAGUUGCAUCCAAGAAGAACCUGUUUGAGGCCGGAGAUGCCUGGAACCAAAAUGCCACCUCGAUCACAGCAUCUAAGGACGCAGAUGCUCUAAAAGUGGGUGUUGCUGAUCUCAUCAACCAGUGGGUGAAAGGAAGUGAAGACGGAAGCAGGUGUAGCUCCCCCUCCAAACCAGCAGAAAUCAAGCCUGGUGGUGUUUUAAACAAGAAAAAUUUAUGGGAGAGCCUUGGAGACACGUUAUCGUCUGGGAAAGAAGGAAAGGAGAGCUCCACUGGCAAAAGAUAUAAAUUUGUGGUGACAGGUCACGGCAAGUAUGAGAAGGUUUCUGUUGACAGCAGAUGCAGUGAGGACAUAAACUGCCAGUCAGCUGGCCACUUCUAUGAAGAUUUGUAAAACGCAUGUUGGAUUAUGAAAGUACAAUGCCGCUAUCACUUGACAAUUCUCUGUAUUUCUGCCUUUAGGUUGGGGAAAGUGCUUAAAUUUUCUGUUUCCUGUGGCACUUUGUUGAAAUAUUGCAAAAUGUAGUGAAGCAAAAAGUAGGUCUUAUCUCUGUUUAUACUAUAUUUUUCUGUGAUUGAUAUCUGAUGGAACUUAAUACAUCUUUGAC